AUGGAGUUAAAGGAAAUCUUAGCACGACCCUUUUCUUUCUCUUGUUUAUCUUUUAGACUUCUUUCUUUCUUUUCUUCUUUCUUUGUUUCUUUGUUUCUUUCGUUCUUUGUUUGUUUGUUUGUUUCUUUCUUUCUUUCGUUCUUUCUUUCUUUGUUUUUGACAAGUUCUCUCUUUCAUUCUUUCUUUGUGUCUGUAGUUUUCUUUUUAGAAUUCUUUCUUUAUGUCUGUCUCGAUUUUCCUUUUAGAGUUCUUUUUUUCUUUCUUUUAUCUUUCUUUCUUUCUUUCUUUUUGGUUUUUUCUUUUAGAGUUCUUUCUUUCAUUCUUUCUUUCUUUCUUUCUUUCUUUGUGAAUGUCGUUUUCUUUUUAGAAUUCUUUCUUUAUGUCUGUCUCGAUUUUCCUUUUAGAGUUCUUUUUUCUUUCUUUUUUCUUUCUUUCUUUCUUUCUUCCUUUUUGGUUUUUUCUUUUACAGUUCUUUCUUUCUUUCUUUCUUUCUUUCUUUCUUUCUUUCUUUCUUUCUUUCUUUCUUUCUUUGUGAAUGUCCUUUUCUUUUUAGAAUUCUUUCUUUAUGUCUGUCUCGAUUUUCCUUUUAGAGUUCUUUUUUCUUUCUUUUAUCUUUCUUUCUUUCUUUCUUUCUUUCUUUUUAGUUCUUUCUUUCAUUCAUUCAUUCAUUCAUUCAUUCUUUCUUUCUUUGUGAAUGUCGUUUUCUUUUUAGAAUUCUUUCUUUAUGUCUGUCUCGAUUUUCCUUUUAGAGUUCUUUUUUUCUUCCUUCUUUCUUUCUUUCUUUCUUUCUUUCUUUCUAAUUCUUUCUUUAUGUCUGUCUCGAUUUUCCUUUUAGAGUUCUUUUUUCUUCCUUCUUUCUUUCUUUCUUUCUUUCUGUCUGUCUGUUUCGUUUUUCCUUUUAGAGUUCUUUCUUUCAUUCUUUCUUUGUGUCUGUCGUUUUCAGUUCUUGUUUUUUUCUUUUAUCUUUCUUUCUUUUUUCUUUCUUUCUUUCUUUUUGGGUUUCCUUUUAGAGUUCUUUCUUUUAUUCUUUCUUUCUUUCCUUCCUUCCUUCUUUCUUUCUUUCUUUGUGUCUGUCGUUUUCUUUUUAGAAUUCUUUCUUUAUGUCUGUCUCUAUUUUCCUUUAGAGUUCUUUCUUUCUUUCUUUCUUUCUUUCUUUCUUUCUUUCUUUCUUUCUUUCUUUCUUUCUGUCUAGUUCUUUCUUUUAUUCUUUCUUUUUUUCUUUCUUUCUUUCUGUCUGUUUCGUUUUUCCUUUAUAGUUCUUUCUUUUUUUCUUUGUGUGUGUCUGCUGUCUUUCCCCAUAGAGUUCUUUCUUUCUUUCUUUCUUUCUUUCUUUGUGCCUAUCUGUCAUUGUUUUUUCUUCUUUCUUUCUUUAAGCACUCACAUUUCUUCAUAUAA